UUUACAGAAUGUGGACGAUUUUCUUGGUCGCCUGUUUGGCGACAGCGUUUGCUCAGGACUCUUACAUAGUGAUCGCUCCGUCAGACGUCCGUCCUGGUGUACCCCUCAGUAUUAGUGUCAACAUUCUACAAGCUCACGCCAACGUCAACGUGAAGGCCGACCUGAUCCAGAAGUCCAACAAUCAGCAUGUAGCUACAGCCCACGGAACCUUCUCUCAAAAUGUUCCUGGGACACUGACAAUUCAGGUUCCAGAUGAACUUGGCCCGGGGUCCUAUAAACUUUCUGUUCAUGGAACUCAUGGUUUGAAGUUUUCUAAUGAGACAGACUUAAAUUACCAAUCUAAGAGUGUCUCCAUCUUCAUCCAGACUGACAAAGCUAUGUACAAACCGGGACAAACAGUGCAUUUUCGUGCCUUUGCCAUCUAUCCUAACAUGAGUACAUAUACAGGACCCAUGGAUAUUGAGAUUUAUGACCCCAACACCAACAAAAUCAAACAGAUCCUGGGGGCCAGAGACGCCACAGGUGUGGUCACUAACUUCCUGGAGGUGGAUUCUCAACCUGUUCUUGGAGACUGGAAAAUCAAAGUCACAGCACAUGGAAAAUCUACAGAGAAGACAUUUACUAUUGCACACUAUGUUUUGCCAAAGUUUGAAGUAACUGUUGAACUGCCCUCAUUCGCUCUGUCUUCAGACACCAGCAUCCAGGGAACAGUAAAAGCCAAAUACACAUAUGGAAAACCAGUCGAAGGCACUGUGAAGAUUCGCGCCAAAAAUGAAUACUGGUAUCGACCAUGGAAUUAUCAUGGUGACGAACCCAUGAUCGAGCAAACUCUUACACUGACUAACGGAGAGGCUAAGUUUACCCUAUCCGGCCUCAGCACACUGAAUAAAUACCUCAACGAACGGUACAUCACAGUGGAGGCCAAUGUCACAGAGAGCCUAACCAAAAUAACACUGAAUGGCAAAGGCAAAAUUCAGUUCCACCAACAUGCCGAAAAAAUCGAGUUCCUUGCUUCAAAUCCAAACACCUUUAAGCCUGGUUUACCAUAUACAGCAUACGUCAGAGUUACUCGUCAAGACGGAAGUCCCAUAAUGGGAACGAAGAAAUCGGUCGUCAUACACGAGACAGUGACGGCUGAGUUGCCACCACCCUCCACCACCCCGCGAUACUACUGGGGACCCCAGACGAUGAAUUACAAACUGGACGACCAGACCUUUACCCUCCCAGACACCGGUGUGGUGGCCAUACAGGUCCAGGUGCCAGAAAACGCCACAAGUCUCAGCCUCCGAGCGCAAUAUGACCAAGUUACCAGCUAUAAGUCUCUCCAAAAGAGUUAUUCUCCAAGUGAUAGCUACAUGCAACUGUUCCUGAGAUCUACUUCUUUGCGCGCAGGCAAUGUCGCAAACUUUGAAGUUCAAUCAACUCAAGGAUUACAAAAACUUACGUACCAGAUUUUGUCACGUGGUUCUAUCGUCCACACCGGAUCAGUGGACGGUAACGACAGAACGUCCCUCACAUUCAGUGUAGCACUCACAGAUAAAAUGGCACCAAAUGCCAGGAUUGUAACAUAUUACGUCAGAAGUGAUGGAGAAAUCGUCACCGACAGCAUCAGCUUCAACGUAGACGGAGUGUUUCAAAAUCAGGUGUCGUUAAGUUUUGAUAAAACAAAAGCCCAACCUGGAGAGAAUGUCAACGUUCGCGUCACAGCGGAUCCAAUGUCGACAGUCAAUCUUCUGGCGGUGGACCAAAGCGUUCUGUUGUUGAAAUCAGGAAAUGACAUCACCCAAGAACAGGUUAUCGACGAGUUAAAAACAUACGAUACUAUUCACCACCACAACAAUGGGCCUGUUUUCUUUGGCGGAGGAGGCAUCAUGCCCUUAGGUAGAAAGAAACGCAUGAUCUGGUGGCCUUAUCCCACCUACUACGGCGGAUCUGAUGCGUCACAGAUAUUUGAGAAUGCUGGUGUAAAGAUAAUGACGGAUGCUUUAGUGUUUAAACACCAUGAACCCCCACACUAUUUUGUAGACUCUAUGAUGGGUGCUGGUGGGGCUAUCGAUGCUAUGAUGCCCAUGCCGGUUCCCGGCGCUCCGAUGGGAGGCGGGGUAGCAGCAGGAUCUAGUCCCCAGCCACUUAAAUCAGUGGGGCGUGUUCGAAAUGUUUUCCCUGAAACAUGGCUGUGGUCAAAUUGUUCCACUGGAUCCAAUGGAGAGGUUCAGAUUUCUACCACGGUCCCAGACACAAUCACUUCAUGGAUUGCCAGCGCUUUUGCCAUCAACAGCGCCUCUGGUCUUGGUAUUGCAGACACUACUGCUAAGAUUGAGGCAUUCAAGCCGUUCUUUGUCAGCCUGAACUUGCCCUACUCAGUGGUUCGUGGUGAACAAGUAGUCCUGCAGGCUAAUGUCUUCAACUAUCUCAGCCAAGACACCGACGUAAUUGUGACACUAGAGAAGAAUGAUGAUUUCCGCAGCAUCGUGAUGGACGCCAGCAAUAACCCAACCUAUGUAUCCCAAACACAAACCGCAACUGUUCAAGUGCCCUCUGGACAAGCUAAAUCAGUGUUCUUCCCUAUUGUCCCUGCUGGGCUGGGAAUGGUGGAUCUCACUGUCAAGGCCCAAUCUACACUGGCUGCUGAUGGGGUCAGGAGACAGCUUUUAGUCGAGCCUGAAGGAGUUCCAAAGGAAUACAACACGCCAAUUUUGAUUGACCUUAAGGAUACAAAUACCUUCACCAAAACUGUCCCAAUUUCACUUCCAGCAUCUGUGGUUGCUGGUUCACAACAUGUGAAAGUCACUGCUAUUGGUGAUUUAAUGGGACCAACUGUUAAUAAUUUGGAUAAACUUCUGCAAAUGCCUUAUGGAUGUGGUGAACAGACUAUGUUAGGAUUUGCACCCGAUGUUUUUGUAACAAACUAUCUUUCUGCAACCCACCAGCUGUCCGCUGAUAUUGAAGACAAAGCUCUUGGAUUUAUGGAAAAGGGAUAUCAGAGAGAGUUAACAUUCCAACACAAAGAUGGUUCUUUCAGUGCUUUUGGGGACAGAGAUAAAUCUGGAAGCAUGUGGUUGACAGCAUUCGUUGCAAAGUCCUUCCAUCAGGCAAAGUCUCACAUCUUCAUUGAUGAUGAGACCCUUCAGAGAGCCAUUGACUGGAUGAUCAGCAGACAGAAUGCUGACGGAUCAUUCCCAGAACCUGGUCGUGUCAUCCACAAGGACAUGCAGGGAGGAUCUGCUUCCGGUCCUGGACUUACUGCAUUUGUUCUAAUCUCUCUGCUGGAAAACAGUGAUCUGAAAGGAGGUGUGGCCCAGAGAAUCCAGACUGCCAGUCAGAAAGCUAUGACUUACCUGGAAGGACACGUCUCAACCCUGACCGACGAUUAUGCUCUUUCUAUUGCCAGUUACAGUCUGGCACUGGCAAAGUCACACUCUGCUUCAUCAACAUUCUCACGCCUUAACAAUGAUGCCGUUGUGAAAGAUGGCAUGAAACACUGGCAUAAGGCCCAGACUCAGACAAACUCUCACCACUACUGGUCUCCACCACAUAAACAAUCUAAUCCAAUCGACAUUGAGAUGACGUCAUAUGCACUGUUGGUAUAUGCUGCCAACAACCAGUUCACAAAUGGACUACCAGUCAUGAAGUGGAUUACCUCUCAGAGGAAUCCUCAUGGAGGGUUCGGGUCCACACAGGACACUGUGUUAGCUCUCCAGGCUCUCUCUGAGUUUGCCAAGAUGGCUUACUCCAGCAACUUUGACAUCCAGAUGACCGUGACGACCGAUACAUUCUCUCAUCAGUUUUCUGUCAAUGCUAAGAAUGCCCUCCUUCUUCAGUCUGUAGAGUUGCCAUCUAUUCCCAGUUCUGUCACCGUCUCUGCAACAGGGCAUGGAAUGGGACUGAUUGAGGUGUCUGUCUUCUUCAAUGUUGAGCAAGAAAUUCAGGAACCAUCUUUUGACAUGACUGUUACGUUAGUUAAGGAUUCCUUGGACGCCAUUCAGAUUGAAACAUGUGCUCACUGGUUGAAGGUCGGUGCUAGUGGAAUGACCGUACAGGAGAUAGGAAUUCCAACAGGAUUCGAGGCCGACCUGGAAAGCAUCACUCAAUUACCUACACUGAAAAAAGUAGAAACAGAGAACAAAAAGAUCAUUCUGUACUUAGAUGAGAUUUCCACUGCUCCGACAUGCAUUGUUGUGGAUAUGUUCCGAACAGGAUUGGUCGCCAAAACUCAGCCUGCACCAAUCAGAAUCUAUGAUUACUACGAGCCAGCAAACCAAGUGACAAAGUUUUACCAGUCUCAUAGCCUGAAGAACUCCAACAUCUGUGACGUCUGCAAGGACUGUGGUUGUUCACCGUGAACUUGCUAGCUUUUAAAAUAAACUGUCACAAAAUUAUAUCG